AUGAUGCCUGAUCAAUUCAAAGCGGUCCAACAGAGGCUGGCCGGGCUGGUCCAGAUGGUGGCCCCCGAUCUCCAGGAACUACGUCAAGAGGUUGAGGAGCUCACCAAAGCCCUCGCUGCCGAGGAGGAGGCUAGCGACAUCAACAGAAAAAUGUACAUUACUCAGAGGGCAGCACUGAAUUGGAAGCUCCAACAGCGGACCUCCGAAAUUACCGAUUUGCAUGAGCGGCAGUUGAAGCUCUCCCAGGAGCUGGCCGCCUGCCAGCACAAAAUUGCCUGCUCUUCCACCACACACGCCGAGCAGAUUGCCGCCAUUGAGAAGGACUACGACGAGCAAAUCUCGACCAUCAACUCCCUUCACCAGCGGGAGAUCUCCGACUUGCAGUUGCGCCAUCAGCUGUCGCGCCAUCGGGAUGCCGUGAACGCCAUGCAUAAUGCCGACCUGCUUCAGACGCAACUCGCCUGGGAGAGACUCAAGGUCGGUGACUUGCGGAGGGACUGCGCCAAGUUGGAGGAGGAGUGCGCUCAGUCCAAGGAGGAGCAUGACCAGUCCAGGAGGGAUUGCGAGUCGUGGAAGACGAAGUAUGACGAGUCCAUGAAGUCUAAUGAACAACUCCAGAAGAAAUUCCGCUGGGAGACCGCGACGGUGGAUUCUCUCUGCAAAAACUGCAUCAUGUUGCAGGAGCAGGGCGACGAGUGGAAGAAGAAGCACAACCAGAUGAAGGAGGAACACGGCGAGUUGCAAGACAAGCACCAGAACUUGGAAGAGUCUGACCUCGCACUGAAGAGCCGCUACCAUGCCCAAUCCGCUGAGCUGAACGUGGCCCUCGAGCGCAAUCACAGUCUUGAGGAGGAGGUCCAGCAGAUGAAGGAGCAGUUGAAAGAGGAAGACCGGCGCGCCACUGAGGCAGAAUCGCGAAAGUUAUUCUUCCUUGCGAAACUGCAAAGCUUGCAAAACGACCACGCCGAACAAAAGGAAACGUAUUUGAAGAGGCGUCAGGCGUACAAGGAGCUGCUGGUAUUACACGUGAGAUUGCACGGUGACCAUCAUAAGCAAAGUAAGGUUGUCAAGGGGCUGGAGAAUAUACAAAAGAGGCUUAUUGAGGAACUGGAAGAUAUGAAGGACGACUGCAGAAAACGCCGACAGGAGUGUGAGGAUAUGAUGUUCAGUCAUAAUGUCUUGGCCGCCAGGAACGAUGAGCUGUUGGUUCAAUGCGUUGAGUUUCAGACCAAGUGUGAGAAGCUUGAUGAUGAGGUUACUGGGGCCCAGGGGUUUGAAAUUAUUGGCUCCCCUGUGGAGUCAUAUGAUGAUGAGGAGAGCGAUGAGGAGAGCGAUGAGGAGAGCGAUGAGGAGAACGAUGAGGAGAGCGAGGAGGAGGAGGGUGACGAGGAGAGCGAGGAGGAGGAGGGUGGCGAGGAGAGUGGCGAGGAGGAUAAGGAAGAGGACGACGAUUUUGACGAGGCAGACGAUCAACUGUCUGACCUUGAUGGCCUUGUUGAGGUAGAGGAUCAUGUGUCAGAUGAUGAUUGUGAGUUCCCUGACGAGGACAAAUGA